UUGGGGGAGAGCUCGCGCUACAGUACAGCGCAGAGUGCAGGAGAGAGACGGCUCUGCGCUUUCAGAGCACCUUACGUGUGUGAGUGUGUUUUAUGUGUGUGUGAGGGGCGUGUGUGUGUAUGUUUGUGUACUCACUUUAUAUCCAAGUGUCUCCCGCAAACAAACUUAAAGGGAUUUAGUUCGAGAAACCCUCAGAAGAGACGCAUACCAACAUCAGAAAACCUGAGAUCUGAUGCUUCCCGCCGUCACCAUGGAAACGGAGGCCAGUCACAUGCUGGAGGCAGCUCUGGAGCAGAUGGAUGACAUCAUCGCAGGUUCGAAAGCAGCGGCGGUGGAGUUUUCUAACAGCAUGUAUGACCUGGGUUCUCCCGUCAGCGCUGGUCCGCUGCAGGUCGUUCAGAUAGCUGAGGACCUCAAACUUGCUUUGGAGCUCCAACCCAACCAGGAAGACAGAGACAGCCUCAGAGCACAGUUACCUACAGAAACAGCACAAGCUCUCAUAGACUGGCUACAGAGGGGAACUGUGAACCUGUGUUCUCCAGCCAACAAUGAAACCUACCAAGAACGACUGCUCCGCCUAGAGGGAGACAAAGAGUCUCUGGUGCUACAGGUGAGCGUUCUUACCGACCAGGUGGAGGCCCAGGGAGAGAAGAUCAGAGAUCUAGAAAGCUCUCUGGAGGAACACCGACAGAAACUGGCCUCCACUGAGGAGAUGCUGCAACAGGAGCUGAUGAGCAGGACCUCUUUGGAGACCCAGAAGUUGGAUCUAAUGGACGAGGUGUCGUACCUCAAACUGAAGCUGGUCAGCAUGGAGGAGACGCACACCAUCACACACCCGCAAGAUCCCACGGACACAAAGCAGAACAAAGCCGAGUGUGUGGUAAAUCUCAUCAGUGAGCUCCAGGAGCAGAUGUGCAAGUUUCAGGAGGAGAUCAGCACACGUAUCCAGGAGAAACGGGCCCUGGAGGAGAGGGAGGCCCAGCAGGGGGAGGCCAGAGGCAGCCCAGCUCAGGGCCACAGCCUUCAGGUCGGGUUAGGCGACUCAAACCCGAGCCUGUGUGGCUCUGACGCCCGGAUGCACAAUGGAGGACAGACUGUACACGAUUUGCUACAAGAAAUGAAGCAGCUCAAGAACAAGGUGGAGGAGCUGGAGGGAGAGAAGAGCCAGUAUGAGAGGAAACUAAGAGCCACCAAGGCAGAAAUCUCAGAUCUGCAGCAGCUCGUGGCUUCCAAAGACGCAGAGAUCGAAUGCCUGCAGACCCAGCUGCUGGCCAGAGGUGGCACAGCCAAUGACAACGCAGAGAGAGACCAGGAAUACCAGAGGUUGAAGGUGGGGAUGGAAUCUUUGUUAGCUUCAAAUGAUGAAAAGGACCGUCGUAUAGAGGAGCUGACCAUUUUGCUCAGCCAGUACAGAAAGAUGAGGGAAGUCAUGGCGCUCACACAGGGGAGCAGUGAAGAGGAGCUGAGUGGCAGUUUGAAACUCCGAGCCAUCACACACAAAGCUCACUCUGAUAUGCUCAGGUCAGAGAUUUCAUCCAGAGGAUCUUCUCCACUUAUGUUAUCCUCAUCCCCCUACCAGAGAGAACUGGAUUCAAGUAUUCAGAACUCGAUGGACACGUCGCUGAUAUCCACUGGAGAUACAAGCUUCUUUAAUGGAUCGUGGCAUCAGCGCAGGUUGCUGUCCAGCAGUCUUGAAGAGUUGCAGAGCGGAUCCUUACUAAAGGCUGUAGAGAUCCAGCCAGUUGAAAGGGAAUCAGAUGUAGGUGCAGAGAAUCCCCACAUGGAGCUGAACAAGUACCAGACUCUGCCGGGGAAAAUGAGUAAAAACAGCGAGCUGAGGGCCGAGAUGAACGGCGACAGCGAGAGAGACGGAGAGUAUUUAUCUCCUGUCCAGCUCUCUCCUGUCCACAGCCACGACCAGGACUACAGUCUGAUUCGCUGCAGGAGUGCCAGUGCUCCGGCUUUAGGAUCUCCUGGAAAACAUGACCUCUAUGAUGUUGGGCGUCCAGAAAAGCUGGAGGAGUGUGUCCUGUCAGACCAGUCCCCCCUGUCCUCUGGAGUGGACUCUGGACAGCAAUCCCCUGUCUCACCAGACAACAGGAAGAGUCACAGAGGCAUUAAGAAACUCUGGGGGAAGAUUCGUCGCAGUCAGUCAGGUAGUCCCGUUCAGGUGCACGACCCAGAGCAGGGAGAGUUCAGGAGGGGAGGCUUCAGAGCCACAGCUGGACCACGACUGGCCCGCUCAGGGAACACACGAGACCUGAAGAUGCCUUUUUCUAAGUGGAGCACAGAGCAGGUGUGCGACUGGCUCGAGGACAUCGGACUCGGUCAGUACGGCAUCCUCGCUCGCCACUGGGUCACCAGCGGUCAGUCUCUGCUGUCCGCCACCCCGCAAGACCUAGAGAAGGAACUGGCGGUGAAGAAUCCGCUGCACAGGAAGAAGCUCCAGCUCGCCAUCAAGACGUUCAGCAGCAAGCAGCCUGAGAAGUCUGCAGAGCUCGAUUACGUCUGGGUCACUCGCUGGCUGGACGACAUCGGCCUUCCUCAGUACAAAGACCAGUUUAAUGAAGGAAGAGUGGAUGGACAGAUGCUGCAGUACCUCACUGUGAAUGACUUGCUAUACCUAAAAGUGACCAGCCAGCUGCAUCACCUCAGCAUCAAGUGUGCCAUCCAUGUUCUGCAUGUCAACAAGUUCAACUCUAACUGCCUCAAACGCAGGCCCAGCAAUGAGAACCAGUUCACUCCCAAUGAGGUGGUCCAGUGGUCCAACCACAGAGUGAUGGAGUGGCUGAGAUCUGUAGACCUGGCAGAGUACGCACCAAACCUGAGGGGUAGCGGAGUGCACGGAGGGCUGGUAAUGCUGGAGCCUCGUUUUAACUCAGACACGCUGGCCAUGCUGCUGAACAUCCCUCCUCAGAAAACGCUGCUGAGACGCCACUUAACCACCAACUUCAACAGCCUGGUGGGAGCACAGGCCCAGCAGGAGAAGAGAGAGUACACUGAGGCCGUGGGCUACACACCUCUCAACACCACCGCUAAAGUCAAGCCGAAGAAGUUGGGCUUCUCUAACUUGACUCACCUCAGGAGGAGGCGGCCAGACGAAUCCACAGACUACAUCUGUCCCAUCGAUUCGUCCUCGCCUCAGUCGGGGCAGACUGCGAUCAACGGGGUGCAGAUGCGUCCCUACGCUGGCUUCAGAGGCCUGAGCCCCAUCCUGGACCGAGAGCCCGACCGCUCCAGGGAGCAGGUGGGGCUUGACGAUGGCAGAUCUGACCCAUCUCCAUGACAACAGCUGUGACAACGACAUGGCUAUACUAUGUCAACACCAUGGACGACUAUGUUGUCACGCUUUUCAUCGUUCCAUCAGCCAAGCGGUUAUCACUACUACUACUCUGCUUCCUUUGCUUGCGGCCCAUCAUACCUCAGCCCGCCCCCUCCCUGCUCCUUUAAACCCCGCCCACCAGCCCGACCCUGUGCCUUACGAGUGAAGAGAUCUCACAGACACCCAGAUAAACCUGCCUGACUGUGCUACAGUCAUAGCUGCUUGUCAUGAAGGGUGUACUGACAUGAUGAAUCUUGCACACUUGAAUUUUAUUUCCAGUCAGAUGCCUCACUAACCCGACCUCAGCCUCAAACUUGUGCCAUCUAACUCAUCGUGAGAGAACACAGCCUCUCUCUGGACUCCACUUCCUGUGACAUCACUUCCUGUGAUCCACACAGUAUACAUGGACAUCUUCUUGUUGUACAGUAUUAAGCCAUUGUUCUAACAUUUGUGCAUCACCAUUAGAUGAUUUUAUAUAUGUGUGAGUCCGCUAUCGCAUCAUUUACACUUUUGAUUUUGCAGUUUGAAUACAGUUCUGUCACAUGGUUGAGAUGAACUUGUGCAAUAUUUGCAUAAUCUUAUUAUGGAGGGAUUUUAUUUAAUAUUUAUGUCAUUGCAGAGCGAAUUCUAAAAUAGUAGUAAUAGUAAUAAUCUAUAAAUUUUGUUUGGAACCUGAGGUGGUGAUUUUCUACUGUUAUUUUCAUAUUUGACUGUAAUAGUAUUUUUAUAGUAAAGAGGAUCCUGCUCCGCUAAAGGAAGCCUACCUGUGGUCAUGUAAAUGUAAAAAGAUUGAUCCAAAUCAUUUAAUAAACAAAAUCAUACAUGUGUUAAA